AUGGCGUAUCAAGCGAUGAAACCUGGUAAAGCCGGUUUAGAGGAGCCCCUCGACCAAAUCCAUAAGAUCAGGAUCACUCUCUCUUCCAAGAAUGUGUCGAACCUCGAGAAAGUGUGCACUGACUUGGUCCGUGGAGCUAAGGACAAGUCACUCAGAGUUAAAGGACCAGUGAGGAUGCCCACCAAGGUUCUUAAGAUCACCACCAGAAAGGCACCUUGUGGUGAAGGAACCAAUACGUGGGACAGGUUUGAGCUUAGGGUUCACAAGCGAGUGAUUGAUCUCUUCAGCUCCCCUGAGGUGGUUAAGCAGAUCACUUCAAUCACCAUUGAACCUGGUGUUGAGGUCGAGGUCACUAUUGCCGACUCUUAG